UUGGUAACCACGGGGAUGCGCGUAAAUGACGUCAUGUCGCGGCGGUGCAUUGUGGGAUUGCGGAGGAGUGGGGCGGUGAAUGGCAACACAACUUCAGAAAUGGACGUGUUUUUAAUGAUCCGGCGUCAUAAGACGACCAUCUUCACUGACGCAAAGGAGUCCACGACUGUUUAUGAGCUGAAACGCAUCGUUGAGGGCAUCCUGAAGAGACCACCUGAGGACCAGAGACUUUACAAGGAUGAUCAACUGCUAGACGAUGGUAAAACACUGGGAGAUUGUGGCUUCACUAAUCAGACGGCUAGACCUCAGGCUCCCGCUACAGUCGGACUCGCCUUCCGAGUUAGUGACGAUGCAUUUGAGCAGCUCCAAGUGGAUCCGUUCUCGAAUCCUCCCGAGCUGCCUGACGUGAUGAAGCCUCAGGAUUCGGGCAGCACAGCCAAUGAGCAGUCGGUGCAGUAAAAACACAAAGAACACAACACAGCAGGAGGAGGAGAAAUCUGCCGCUCCGUUACAAGGAGGUUCCACCCGGACUGAGCACUCAGAAGGGGUUAGGGGUUUCAGAAACCAAAAACAGGACACAGCCGACCCCCCCGUCCUCAGCACACACACACACACACACACACACACACACACACACACACACACACACACACACACACACACACACACACUGAAACAUCAUCAUCUAGCUUAUUAAAUUUCCUUGUUAACUCUGGACUGACGCUCAUUUCCACCUCACUGUGUCUGUGACACACACAUACACACACACACACACACACUUUCUUUAAACCUGAACACGGCUUGUUUUUGCAGUGUAAAGACUUUUAUGUCGUUAGUGUUCGUUAAAACAGAAAGAAAGCAGCUCUUGUGUUUGCAGUAAGAGAGAUUGUGAUGUUCGAGGGAGACGCAUGCGGGAAUUACAGCGUAUUUUUCACUCGAGUCUGCAUCCAUAGUGCAUUAUGUAAUUUAUCUUUCAUUUUUUUGUUUGUUUAUUUUUUUUUUUUUUUAUUAUUAUGAAUUAAGCAACCCUUUUAGGCACUGAUAUUAAAGAUCUGAAUUUUA